UGUGCUGUGGUUCUCCCUCCAUUCUCCUGCUUUACUAUUACAAAAGAAUUGCCUGCAAGCAAAGAAACAAAAUCCAAAUAGGGUACAAAUUUAAGCUGUGAGAUACAUCAUCCAAAUUUCCAAGAACAAAGAAAGCAAACAUAGAAAAGGAUAAAAAAUAUGACGCUGGAUAAUGCAACAAUGAACAUGCUUAAGAACCCUGAUAUUAUGAUCACCUUACCAGUUGUGUAUUCACUAAUAGCUAUUAUCAGCAUUCCUGGCAAUAUUUUCUCUCUCUGGAUUCUCUUCUUUCAUAUCAAGCCCAAAACACCAUCAGUUCUUCUCAUGAUUAACCUUAGCCUCACAGACCUUGCACUGGCCUCCUGUCUUCCCCUUCAGAUUAUAUACCAUGUUAAGAAGAACCACUGGUCUUAUAGCAAGAAGCUGUGCAGCUUUGUCACAAUGAUGUUUUAUGCAAACAUGUAUUCCUCCAUAUUGACUAUGACCUGCAUCAGCUUGGAGCGCUAUUUGGGGGUGGUAUACCCAAUGACCUCCCAAAAAUGGAGAAGAAAGAGGUAUGCGAUUGCUACCUGUUUUGCAAUGUGGUUUUUUGUAUUAUUAGCCUUGUGGCCAUUAGCAGCAGCAGACCUGACUUUCAAAGUAAACGAACUGAACAUUACAACUUGUUUUGAUGUCCUUCAGUGGAAUAUGCUUCCCAACCGUUUUGCAUGGGGACUUUUCCUCCUGAUGCCCUUUUUUUUCUUUUUCUUGCUUCCAUUCACAGUUACAGUCGCUUGCUACAUUGGCAUUAUUCGGAAGCUCAUCCAAGUUUCUCACAGAGAUGGCAAUGGGCAGAAGACACGGUCUGUUCACUUGGCUAUAAUAGUUCUUCUGGUUUUCAUCAUUUGUUUUGCACCCAACAACUUUGUCCUACUGGUACACAUAAUCACCCGUCUCAUGGGAGGAGAAGGUUACUAUCAUAUUUACAAACUUACCUUGUGUCUUAGUUGCCUCAACAACUGCAUAGAUCCAUUCAUUUACUACUUUGCAUCCAAAGAUUUUUAUCAGAAGUUCAUGCAGGUGUUAGGACGGAAGGUGCUCCUGAGUGACAGUUCGGAGAGCAGAAGGGAAAGCAUAUUCUCUACAAGGACAUCAGCCAGAUCUCUGUCAGGUGGACAUAAGGAUGGGUUGGAUGUACUUAGAACAUGUUUGCAAAAGCAUGAGAGGCAUGAAAGUGUUUUUUAAUACUUAUGCUCAAAUAUGAAGAGAUUAUCUUCUUUGUUUCAUGGAAUGAAGCAAACAAAGAAUAGUUAUUUCAAACAACUACAUGCAAGAUUGAGGAACUCUGUUCAGUACUGGACUUGCUUCUUCUCUCCAAAUAUGGCAACCAAUAUUACCUAUUGUACUAUGUAGCAACAAGUACAAUGUAAAGGAACAUUAUCAUGUCACAAAUGUCUCUCCAUAGCAGCAUUCAGCAAUGACUGUGGGUUGGGUUCAAGCUGUCAUGCUUAGAAUAGAUACAUUGAAAUCAGUGUUGACUGACUGACUUCAGUGCGUUUAAUUCUAAGCAUGACUAAAUCUGAAUCCACUCCCUUAUGAGGAAUUAAAUUCCUUUUACCAUGGCAACCCCAAUAUAGAAUAAUCUUUAAAUUCCACCUUAAGGAAAUACAACAUUAAAGCAAUUGCUGAUGUUUCCCAUCAGACCUAACACUGGCAAUUUUCUCCUCCAGUUUCUCACUUUCAAAUAAAUUCAGUUUUAGUUUUUGUUCAGAUAUGUUGGGUUAUCAUGAUCAGCCCCAGUCAAUCCACUGCUGGCCAAAGGUCUCUUCAGCAGUUUUCCAACUGCUUUGACAAACUAGUCAUUUCCAGUUACAAUCUUUGAACUGAAUUUCAUCAUCUGCUUAGUGUUUCUUUGGGGUUUCCUGGGUCUCUUAAAGUUAACUGAUAUCCAAUUGACUAUUGUUGUCCAGCACUGAUCUGUUCAUUAUGCAAACUAGCCAGCCAAUUUCCAUUUCCUUGAGGCUACCAGCUUCAUUAUGUCAUAUACCCCUAUCAGUUGGUGGGUCCAUUAUUGGGGGGAGAGGGGGUUAUGUCUUGUUACGUUGAGCAUUUGCCUGUUCCAUGCUUCUUUGUGUAAUGUUCAACCUUUGUACUGCUUUUGCAUUAACACCCAAGUUUUGCAACUAUGUGUCAGCAUUGGUAGUAUACAAAGAUUAAAUAAUUUCCUCUUGAAGUAGAUAAAUAUCUUGCUUUUGAAUACAGAAUGAGAUUGUCCAAAUGCUCUGCAGUCUAGUUUAGUCUGGUUCAAAAUUUCCUCUAUUAUAUUACCCUCCCUGGUAAUCUUUUGACCAAGAUAGAUGUAGUAACUGACCUUCUCCAGUUCAUGAUUUUCCAUUUUUAUUGACAAAGGUUGGGAGUUGUUGAACAUGACCUUCAGUGCUGGGCUAUAUUACUUUCAAAAUACACUGUGAUCAUAAUCUGAUUUGAAAUGAAUUUUUAGGA